UUUUUUCUCUAUCCGGUAAAGCGUCUCUUGGAAAUGUCAAACGUGUAGGCAGUGGAUUGACCGGGACGUAAACACACGACCGUGGGAUGUAUUCCAUCGUGGAAUACAAAGGUUUAAAAUCCGGUUAUCAUUGUGGAUAUUGUAACUCGGACAAUGGAAAAGUGUCCACGGGCAUGUGGGCUCAUGCCAUGUCAGUCCAGGACUAUGAAGAUCUAAUUGACCGAGGGUGGAGGAGGAGUGGUAUGUAUGUUUAUAAACCUACAAUGAAUCGAACAUGUUGCCCUCAGUAUACAAUAAGGUGUCAUGCUUUGGACUUCAAACUUUCUAAAUCAUCAAAGAAAGUAUUGAAGAAAAUGGCACGGUUCCUUUCCAAGGGAGAGGUAGCAAAAGGAACUGAUGUUGAACCCAUGGAUUCUCACAGUGAAGAUGCUGGAAUUGAUCAUCAGGCUGUACCAUGUAACUCAGAAGUCAAUAUAGAUAUAGAGAAACCUUUGAAGAUUGUCAGCCUCGAGGAAUUACCGGAGUCUGCUGAAAUACAGGAAAAUCCUCAACCAGAUGCUGCUAGUGAGAAAGGGGAACCAGGCCAAAAACAUGCAUCCUCGGAGACAAAUGUUUCCACUGGUUCACUUAAAUGUACUCCAAAACCAGGCAGAGGAGCAGAUCCAAAUAAACCACCUUGUCGCAAAGCAAAAGUUAUUCGGAGGGAGAUGAAACUUACGAAGCUGCUUCAGAAACAGCAGCAGAAAGAAAUGGCAGAUAUAUCCCAGCACCAAGAACCCUCUUCUUCCAAUCCUCAUCUACACCCUCUGCAGCACCAUGCCACCCAAGCAAAUAAGCCAAAAUCAUUGGAAGAGUUUAUUUCUGAGUCUUUAACUCCAGAUGCAGCCCAUAAGCUUGAGGUGAGGCUAGUGAGGUCAUCUCCACCAAACUCCCAGUUCAAAGCAACUUUUCAGGAGUCUUACCAGAUCUAUAAACGAUAUCAGAUGACCAUUCACAAGGACCCCCCUGAUAAAGCAACUGAAUACCAGGUGAAACUAGUGCCAGUUUCCUCCGAUGACCCAGAUUUCAUUGAAUCCUUUAACCAAUCAGCAGCUUUGUAUGCCAAGUAUCAGAUGGCUGUGCACCAUGAUUCACCUGAUGAAUGUAAUGAAUCACAGUAUACAAGAUUCCUUUGUGAUUCUCCACUUCAGGCAGAGAAUCCAGCCGAUGGGCCUCCUUCAGGUUAUGGAUCAUUUCACCAGCAAUACUUGUUAGAUGGAAAGAUUAUUGCAGUCGGAGUAAUUGACAUUCUUCCGCAUUGCAUCUCCUCUGUGUACCUUUAUUAUGAUCCUGAUUAUGCAUUCUUGUCGUUGGGUGUGUAUUCUGCACUCAGGGAAAUUGCUUUUACGACCCAGCUACAGAAAACAGCUCCCAGUAUCCGUUAUUACUACAUGGGCUUCUAUAUCCACUCAUGUCCUAAGAUGAAGUAUAAGGGUCAAUACCAUCCAUCUGAUUUGCUGUGUCCAGAAACGUAUGCCUGGGUACCUAUUGAAAAGUGUCGGACAAAGUUAGACCAGUCUAAAUACAGUCGUCUCAAUGAAGACAUAAAUGCAGAAGAUGAAAAUAGCUUCCGAGACCUUGGUCGAGUUCUUGUACUGUACAAAAAUGCAGUGAUGCCUUACAGCAUCUAUCAGAGACGAAAGAAGGGAAGAGCCGAUGAUGAAGCAGCAGUAAGGCAAUAUGCAAGCUUGGUUGGACAGACCUGUGCAGAGCGAAUGCUGCUUUAUCGAAGCUAAAAGCAUGGUUUAUGAAAAAGAUGCUGUUUUCUAAUUUUAUGCUGUUAAUAAUAUCACAAUGCAAAAAUCCAAUUUGAAAUAAUUCUAGCCAAUCAUUGUGUGUUGUAAACAUUUUCUUUUUGUAGCAUACACAGCAUUUAACCUUUACAAUCUAGAACUUUUUCCAAACCAUGCCAUUUUAUUUCAAUUUUCUUUAGGCUACAUCUCACCAAAAAUGUCUUAGUCUCAUAGGUUAGGAUAGCUGUGUUCUUGUUCUUUUGCUUUAGUUUCUCUCUUUCUUCCUUCUCUUUCCACAGUGCUCAAUUUUCUUUCUUUUGCUAUAAUCCUUUCCAUGCUAUUAUUCAAUUUUCUUAAUUUUGUUUUUUCCCAUCGAUGUUCUUUUCCCCAAUAUUACUUUAAAUUUGCUUUGAUUUAGUUUAUUUUCAUUUUUGUUCUUUUUAUCUUCAGUAUGUAAAAAGUUGAACAACCUUAGAAUGCUAGACAGGGUUGCCACAUAUUGAUUGCUGGAUGUUGUAGUCUUUGUUUCCAUGUAUGAUUUGUUUGCUUAUAUCGCAGCCUUUACUCUGAAGAUGGGGAAGAGUGAGUUCAUUGAGUAAAAAUAUUUAAAUUCAGACGAGGUAAAUGCAUAUAUCUACAGUCCACAAUUAUCAGACUCCCCAAGAUAUUCUGGUGAGAUGGAAUGUUAUUAAAACAAGGUUUGUGGUUGAGUUUAUGAUUCUUUAUAAAAGUGUGAUUAAUUGGUUCUAUGAAUUUCUUAUUGCACAUAGAUCAAUGCCUAUCUGGAAAGGCCAAAGAAUUCUAAAAGAUAACUAAUUGUGUUUUUUUAAAUAGAAGAGAUAUACAUAAUAGAUAUAAUAGCUAUAGUGCAGGAGGGGGGAAAAUAUUGUGACAGAUUUUUUGCUGCCAAGCAAAUAUUUCAGGGAAAUUAAAAUUAGGGCAAAGAUUUUUGCAUAAUAUUAAAAUUGAGCAGUUAGGAGAGAAAAAAGCAUUCUGAACCAAUAAAGAUGAAGAAAAUCAAUUAUUUGUCACAAUGUACACAAUUGACACAACUUUCAUCAUAUACUGUAUUUACAUAACUCUAAAAUAAAUGUAAAUGCUAAUAUCAGUCUUUUCAUUUUGAUUUCUUACAUAGAUUUGAUAGAUUAUCACCUUAGUUAGGCACAUUAUCGGUGUAAAUCUUUCACCUCUAUAAACCAUUCAGAUGUGGCAUCCAAGUCCAAAAUUCCGUAUCUGGAAGGGUUGCACUUUCACACUUCAUUUCACACUUGGCUGCAGCAUAGACAUAACAAGUGAUCGCAAAGUACAUUGAGAAGAGAAGCUAUUGAUCAUGAGUAUAUAGCUGAUGACAGAAACUGCAUGGAUAGAAACCAUAUGUUGUUAGACAGAGUGCAGCACAUUUCUCAGCUUGCCAAAUAUCUAUAUAGAUUUGUUUGAGGUGGUGCACAUGUUGGACUGAUUCAUAUUUAGAACGAUGUCAAACGGAAAAUAAACAUUUCCCCUCAAGACCAUGUGACACACUAUUUGAAUGGUGCUUUUAAGAUUGACAUAGGUAUUUGAACUAGGGGGACAAAAGGAGAGAAAGUGGGAAGUUGCACAAUUCCAAAAAGUAGUUGAAGAAAUUUUGUUAUGGUAACAACUUGUUUUUAUAUAUGAACAUGCAUGUUAGGAGCAGAAUUAGGCCACUUGGCUCCUCGAUCCUGUGAGCCAUUCAAUAAGAUUUUGGCUAAUUUUAUUUUUUCACAUUCCCACUGUCCUCAGUACCUUUUCACCGCCAUGCUUAACACGAAUCUGUCUACCCCUAUGUUAAAGCUUUCAAAGACUCUGCUUCCACCAUCAUUUAAAGAAGACAAUCCCACAUAUUUCCGAACCUCUUAGAAAAACAUUCCCGGCAUCUCAGUCUUAACUGAGCAACCCCUAAAUAUUAAAUGGUAAUCCUGGUCCUGAAUUCUCUAAUGAGAGGAAACUUCCUUUCCAUUUUUGUCCUGUAAAGGCCCUUCAGGAUGUUGAAUGUUUCAAUCAAGUCACCUGUUUCUGUUCUGAACUCUAACAAAUUAGCAUGUCCAACAAUUCUUCACAAAACAAUCCAUCCAUUCCAGAUAUUAUUCUAGUGAAUUGUCUCUAAACUUCUUCCAAUGAUUUUACAUCUUUUCCUAAAUAGUAAAAUAAAUAAAUAUAGCACCUUUAACGUAAUAAAAUGCCAAAGGUGAUUUAAAUAAAAUGUGCACCUGAGUCACAUUAGGGGAUAGAGCAGAUUACCAAAAACCUUAUCAGAAGAAACAAAUCUUACGGUCUCAGCAACCGAAGCAUGCAACCAACAGGUGAACAAUUAAAAUUGGGGUGUUUAGGAAAUCAGCAUUAUUGAAGUGCAGUUGGAGGAGAUUACUGAGAUAGAAAAAGUCAGACCAUGGGUGGUUUUGAAAACAAAAAUGAGAUUGUUAACAAUCAAUGCAUUGCUUAACAUGGGGCCUCUGCAGGUCAGCAAGAAUAAAGAUAUUGGGUGAAUGAAAUUUGAUGUGCAUUAAAACAUAAACAGUGGGGCUUUGGAUGUUCAAAGGUUUAUGGAGGGUAGAAUAUCACUAGUUGAUCUGGAAUUUGUUUAAAUUUUCAGGUCUAGAGGCAACAAAGGUAUUAAUGAGGAAUAACACACAGGUAAAUUCAAUAGUGGAAAUGACGGUAUGAAUGUGAUUGGAAUUUUAUUUCCAAGUUCGGUAUAAGUCAGGGUUUUUGAACAGUCUGAUUAAGCCACAGACAGUUGCCAAGGAGACGAGUGGAAUGCAUUUGCGGCAGUGAUCAAAACCAAUGACUUUAGUUCUUCCCAGUACUUACUUGGAGAAGGUUUCUAGUAAUGGGUAUCAGAUAAGCAGUCUGACAAUUCAAAGACCUUGGAGGGGUGGAAAAAAGCAGUAUGAAAGUAAAGCUGGAUGUCAUAAGCAUACAAGUAGAAAUUGAUAUUAAGUGGAAUUUUCAUUUCGUUGACCCCACAGUUCUGCCAUCUGGAGAAAUGUGGGUCAGGAACCCAUGCCCAUGCUAUAUUGCCACUCCUGACUGUGGUCACCAAACGCUGGAAGAUCAAUUGGAGACUUUCCAGAAAGCAUAGCAGUCAAUCAGUUGAGGUGGAAAGCUGCUACGUCAGUAACAGAAUGAGAGGAUGACCCUCAGAAAAGCUUUCACAAAAUUUUAAAAGAAUCAAAGUAGUCAGACUGUCAGGCCAUGCGCCCCAAUUGGAAAAUUGCAUUAUACGCAGGGUGGUCUUCAUGGGCCUUUUAGUUAGCUGCCAGCCACUUACAGAUAGCCAAUGGCAAGAAAUUACGAACCAUGAGCACCACUAAAUGAAAAGUCAGCCUGUUGUUUUUCAUAUGAGUAGUAGCAUGUAGGUAAGAGAUAGGAGAAAACCGAGGAUAGAUCUUGAAGACAUCACUAUUCUGUGAGAAUGGGAAUACAAAUCAUUGUUGGUAAUUGUAUGAUUGCAAUUAGGUAAGAUUGUUAAAAUGCAAGGACAGUAUCAUUCAGUUAGAUGACAGUGGAAAAACAUUGGAGGAGAAUGGUGCAAUCAACAGUGUGGAAGGUUGCUGACUAGUCCUGAAGGAUGAGGAGGGCUAGUCUGUCUUUGUCACAGUCACAAUGGAUGUAAUUUCACUUAGUUAAGUAUACAGUGGUAGAGCAUAGAUACUUAAUCACAUGUUCGAUUUCAACCAAAUCAUUCUAAUGUAUUGGUCAUUAAUGUGUUGUUGUUCACUUACCUGAUUGCUCGGCUGAGAGUAGCUAAUGUUGAUGAUCAUGAAGAGCAGCCAAGCAGCUGUUAGUGAUUAUGUUGAAAUAGUUUAGCUGAAGAAAUGGAUUUUCUAUUUUAUUUCACAACCAGGCUGUGAAGAAUUUUCCCAAGAGCAGAAUAAAUGAGCUGACUAUCAAAUUGUCCAACUUAUGUGUUCUGUUUAUGCAAUUCACUGAUAGCAUGAAAUAGAAACAGUAGGGUUGGCACUUCAAUUUGUUUCUGUGUAACAAUGGAACACAGAUGACUGUUUUCCAUAACAUGCAAAGCAUAUACCUUUUCAUUCUCUUUCCACUAUUGGACCCCAAGAAGAAAUUGAAUAACUUUGGAUAGCUAUGGAGAAAAAGUGCCAACUUGUAUUGAUAUAAAACAUCAUUACUGGAACAUCUUUCAAGACACCUGAAACUGGAAGCACUUCACCUGCCCAGUGACUGUCAGCCAGCCAGUGUGGUAGCCAUUUUGAUCACAGAACAGGCACAAAUGAGAUACCGCUAUUUUAUCUUGUGUUGGUUGUGAAUAUAAAUCAAAUACCUGAGAAAAUUAUAUAGAUCUAUGAUCCUUAAAAUCUAUCUAACUGCCAAAUUGGCAUUCCCAAUAAUAUAGUUUUUCCUUCAACUGUGUGCUAGCUAAAAUUACAUACUAAUGGAGUAAUACAGCAUGGAAAUAGACCCUUCGAUCCAACUAGUUUUUGCUAGACGUAAUCCCAAACUAAACCAUUCACACCUGCCUGCUCCUGGCCCAUAUCCCUCCAAACCUUUCCUAUUCAUGUAUCCAUCCCAAUGUCUUUUAAAUGCUGUUCAGGUCAUUCUAUAACGCAUGUUUUGUUAACACAAAUUCGCUAUAACGUGAAUGAUGAAUAUGGGACACUGUUUCUAAAGCCCAAACUUUUGAAACAAGUGUUGGCUGUAACGCAAUUACAUCACCAACACUUUAAGCACUAUUUCUAAAGUGCAAUUUUUCAGAAUGCAACCAUCGCAUUAUAGAAGAACUGCCAGUAAUUAUAUGACCUAGGCAGUGGCUUAAUUUUACAUUUUUGACCUUAUAGGUCAUAAAAUGUCAGAAAUGAAGUCAUUAUUUUUGGACUAAUAGAGAAAAUUAGGUGAUGAAAGAGUACACAGCCUUGCAGCCAUAAGCAACUAGUGAUAAUACAUUUGGAAGGGGAAAACUUUGAUCAGAAUUGUCAUUCCUGAUCAAUUUCAAUGAACCAUUCAAAAAAUUGCAAAUUUUUGGACAUUGAGAGGUUUGAAUCAAUUUUGGAGCCUUCCAUAGCAGAAUGGACAGCUAGAAUAUGUCCUGUGGGCCUCAAAAUGUGAGGAAUUGCAACUUAAGUAGGUAUCAGAGGAUGGAUAUACUUAAGAGUGUACCCAUCUGAGUUAGCACCUAUUUAUUUUGAAGAAGAAAUUGCAGUCAUGAUAAUUAUUUGCAUGUGUUGCAUUUGUUCAAUAUUUUGGUCAUAAUGAAAUCUUGAUCACUUCAGGAUAUCUCAACGAGCUUCAUGGUUAAAAGAGUACCUUGAAGGCACACACUGCUGUAAUGUGAUGAAAUCCAGGAGAGUGUGGCAUUUUACUUAAGGGCAAGAACAUUUAACUCUGAGCCAAAGCUGAAAACUGAUUAUGUAUUACAAUAGCCCUUUUUGUUUUAAAGAGCUUGUGGGACUUCACGUGCUCUGUGAGGUUGUGCACAAGCUGACUAAAUCUAUAUUAAGUAUUCUGGUAUAUUGUCCAGUGAGAGUUAUAUUAAAUCUGUUGCUUAGUAAUCUGUUUUAAAGUACCAUUUAAUAGGCAUAACACAGAUUUAAUUUAGCUUUGAAGUGUCAGAUUAUCAGUUGAUUCUUGCAAUUUUUGACUGCAUGGUUCAAACUAAAUUUCUCAAAAUGGUUAUAUGCACUCAUGAUAUACAUAAUGCAUGAUAUUGCAAAGUACCCAAAUUCAUUAUGGGAAAAAUAGGGUACGCAUGUCCAUCUAAAUUGCAUUGUGGCAGUCUAGAUAGAAGAAAAUAGAAAUAGAGAAAUAAUUUUCAAAUUGCUUAUUUUCCCUGUUAUUGCACCAAAUAUAAUGACUAAAUUGUCAUAAGUACGAAUAAUUUGAAGUGCAUAUAUGUAUUUAUAGUCCAGUUAAGGGAAUGUGUGAAAUGGUGCAUUAGGACAUUGAAAGCCACUUAACCAGGCGUAAAAUGCAAUCUGGUCAAUUCCAGUGGGCAAAAGUCUUAGGAUAUGUGGUACUCUGAACCUAGAUCCUGCAUUGCCACACUCAUUCAGACCACUGGGUUAACUUGCGAGGGAAAUGAGGUUGUGGCUGAGAGAAUUUUUAACCUGGAUUUUAAAUAAAUUGGUAUCACCAGAAGUGAUACAAGUCUUCUGUGCUAAUGUGGUGUGGUUGCACAUUACAUCACAAGAAUAGUAUUGCCAGUGAAAAACAAAAAGUUCAUUUGUUUUGAUUAGAAAUAUGAGAGGAGUAGAAUCCUGUAGGAUUUUGUAAAUGCCAAUGUCAAACCAACAUUGUAUUUGCUACAGAGCAGGGUAAAUGGUGGUUCUCUCAGUGAUAUAGAUGAUGGAUGUACAUGCCUGGCAGUCUAAGAUUUGUAGUCAUGGUGACAGGAAUGUGAAGCAGGAGACCAUUGUGAUAUUAGAAAAUUAAGGUGUAAAGAGAUUUCAUACAACAUUUUGUUAAGUACAAUUCUGAGGUCUGCUUCCAGUAUGGGUUUUCAAUUUAUUUUUAAAAACUCUCCAGGAAUUAACUUAUUGCUGCCUGUCAUAAAACUGGUGCAGCAAACUGAAUGUGAAAAUUAACAUGGUGUGUGAUAAAUGGAUGAAAAACAUCUAUCCAAAUACUGAGAUGUACCAAUACUUUUAAAUUGUUGCAUUAUCUUAAGAUAAUGGUGUUUAAAGCUACCACUUUAUUCCAUGGUUCUGUAAGCAAAUCAAACAUUCUACUUGUUCAGUCCAGAAUUCAGGUUUAAAAAAGUCAGCCUAGAGCAAUCUGAUUCCUUACUUAACUGUAAUUACCAUUCUCUCCUUCUUGGAAUGAAUAAUAACAAGUUGUGGUUUCUUUCAGAGACUAACUGGUAGUUUCCAAACUCUCUGGUCAUCAGUUUGGAGGUGGUUUUCCAUUAAUAACCAGUUGGUCAGAUGAGAGUACAUUCUUGAAAGAUUCUUCCGACAAUCAGGGCUUGAUAUUCUGCCUAAAAGUCAGCAAUUCAUAAUCCUCCAUCUGAGCUUACCCCUUUCUGGAUUAUUAUGCUACAUUUUCAGAUAUUGGAAUUAUGUCAAGGAAUUGAUUGUAUAUCAUACAAAGUGUGUUCUAUUCCCUUACAUUUAUUUUACAAGUACCUUCUACAAAUGGUUACUUUUAAAUUAUUUAUCUCAUGAAAGGGGAAAUAUGCAAUGCGUUUAUACCUAAAAUUGAUAUAUAGCACGCUGCUUCAAAUAAAAUAUAUUCCUGCUAACACCUUAAAUCCAGGUGAUUCACUGAUGCACUGCAUUUUUGAUAUUAUAUGGCUUUAUUAUGAGUAAUAAUUCUAAAUCAAGUUCUAUUAUGGGUCCAUAUAAUUAUAAGUGUUAAAUAUUCAUUAACUGUUAUGUUUCAGUUUAUUGAUAUGAAUUGAAUAUAUUCUUAUGUUAAAUUAAAACAUUUAACACAAGUCAUUUCAUUAAUCAUUUGGCACUGUUCAGGAAGUGUGUUACUGGAUGAGAUUGUGUUACUGGAUGAGAUGUCAUUACUUUAAAAGUACUGUUGAGUUCAAUUAUUUAUUAAAUGUAACAU